AUGGCAACCUACUUCCUCACAGGCGCAAACCGCGGCAUUGGGUUGGAAUUCGUAAGGCAACUCGCUGCCAACGGCUCCAACACCAUCAUUGCGGGCGUACGCUCGAAAUCGGGUGACGUCGCCGAGUUGGAAGCGUUGAGCAAGAGCAAUCCCAAAAUUCACAUCAUCGAAUGCGACGUCAGCUCUCUCGACUCCCUCUCCUCCAUCGAAUUCCGCGUCGCAGAAAUCCUAUCAAAGACCGGAGCGAGUCUAGACUACCUCUUCAACGUCGCUGGUAUCAACGCGACUUCCAGUGAUACGAGUCUGACGCUGGAUCCCAAGAGUAUGAACGAGCACAUGCAAACCAACGUCCUGGGACCCGCGAAGAUCGUCGAGUCGCUAAGGAAAUACCUCGCUCGUGGCUCCACCGUCUUGAACAUGUCUUCCGGCCUCGGCAGUCUAACCGUAGCGACGGAUGUAACAAAGUGCUGUACUUAUAGUAUGAGUAAAGCGGCGUUGAACAUGUUGACGGUGCACCAGGCGAAGGAUUUGAAGAAGGGUGGGGUUAAAGUGAUUUGUAUGGAUCCCGGGUGGGUCAAGACAAGGAUGGGUGGGGAGGGCGCGAUGAUUGAGGCGGAAGUUAGCGUGGGGAGUAUGUUGGAGGUUGUGAGUGGGUUGAAGGAACAGGAUAGUGGGAAGUUUUUUAGGUAUGACGGCGUGCCUGUGGCGUGGUAG